AUGCCCACGGUCGACGAUGGCUUCGAGGCUCUCCUAGAGCCUUUCUACAAUGGAAAGAAGCUCACCGAUCCUAUUUCCACAAAGGAAGACAAGUUUCAGCUUCUGCCAGCCUUCCUCAAAGUCAAGGGUCUUGUUAAGCAGCACAUUGACUCAUACAACUUCUUCGUCGAGCAGGAGAUCAAGGAUAUCGUACGCGCCAACAGAACCAUUCGAAGCGAAGUGGACAGCAAUUUCUGGCUUGAAUUCACCGAUAUUCGAGUAGAUCGUCCCAGACGUCAGGAUUGGCAAGAUGCCAAGUCGCAUACCGAAGUCACUCCCAUGGAGUGCCGUCUCCGAGACAUGACAUACGCCGCGCCCAUUCUCGUCGAUAUCCAAUACAUCAGAGACAAGCAAAGGAUUGUACGAAAGAACGUGCCCUUGGGGCGCAUGCCAGUCAUGCUCAAGAGUUCCAAAUGUCGCCUUGCCGGAGCCAACAACACAGAAAUGGAGGAGAUGAACGAAUGUCCGCUUGAUCCUGGUGGUUACUUCAUUAUUGGUGGUACGGAGAAGGUCAUUCUCAUCCAGGAGCAACUGAGCAAGAACCGUAUCAUUGUCGAAGCAGACGAGAAGAACAACAUUAUUUCGGCUUCAGUCACCAGUUCUACACACGAAAGAAAGUCCAAGACCUAUGUCACGCUCAAGAAGGACAGGAUUCUCCUCACACAUAAUGUCCUAGUCGAGGGCAUUCCUAUCGUGAUUAUCCUCAAAGCUUUGGGUGGAUUGUCAGAUAUGGAAAUCAUGCAACUUGUUGCGGGAUCCGAUGGAAGAUACCAGGAUGAAUUUCUGGUAAACUUCGACGAGGCGACCAAGGUUGGUGUUUUCACCCAGCACCAGGCGUUGGAGUAUAUUGGAACCAGGGUCAAGAUGGGUUCUCGCAGAGGUACAUUCGGUCCUCAAGUGCGCCGAAACCACGUCGAAGAAGGCCUCGAUGCCCUCGCCAAUUUAGUGAUUGCUCACGUUCCUAUUGAGGGUCUGGACUUCUACCCCAAGGCUAUCUACGUGGCUAUGAUGACCCGAAGAGUUCUCAUUGCCUCUCAUAACCCCAAGCUGGUCGAUGAUAGAGAUUUCGUGGGAAACAAACGACUUGAGCUUGCUGGACAACUUCUCUCACUCCUUUUCGAAGAUUUGUUCAAGCAGUUCACAUCUGGAGUUAAGAUGUCGAUUGAUAAGUUUUUGAAGAAAAACAACCGCGCAGUUCCCCUCGACGCGGUUCAUAUGAUCAGCAAUCACGCCAACAAUAUCGGAUACGGAAUCAACCGUGCCAUCCAAACAGGAAACUGGACAGUCAAACGUUUCAACAUGAACCGUGCUGGAGUUACUCACGUCCUCAGUCGACUCAGUUACAUCGCUGCACUUGGUAUGAUGACCAGAAUCAGCAGUCAGUUUGAAAAGACCCGAAAGGUUUCUGGUCCUCGUGCGCUUCAACCGUCGCAGUGGGGUAUGCUGUGUACAUCAGAUACACCUGAAGGUGAAGCCUGUGGUCUGGUGAAGAACUUGGCUCUGAUGACACAUAUUACGACCAACGUUGAUGAAGAGCCUGUCAAGCGGUGGAUAUUCACGCUCGACGCUGGUGUUGAACCUAUCCGUAACUUUUCGGGUGCUGAGAUGCAUCGAGAGGGGAGCUAUAUCAUCCAUAUAAACGGUACACCAUUCGCUCUAACACGGUAUCCGAAACGGUUCGCCCAAAAGUUUAGAACCAUGCGUCGACGCGGUUGGAUCUCUCCAUUUGUUGGUAUAAACAUCAAUACUCACUUCAAUGCUGUCCACAUCGCCACUGAUGAAGGAAGAAUUUGCCGGCCGUAUAUCAUUGUCAAGAAUGGUAAGCAGAAGCUUAAGCCAGAACAUCUUCGCCUGCUUCAGAUGGGCAAGGCCACAUUCGACGAUUUCUUGAACCGAGGAAUCGUGGAGUACCUUGAUGUGAACGAGGAGAACGAUGCACUCAUCACUAUCUACGAGCACCAAGUGACACAGAGUACCACUCAUUUGGAAAUCGAGCCGUUUACUGUCUUGGGAGCUGUUGCAGGAUUAAUUCCCUUCCCUCACCACAACCAAUCUCCCCGUAACACUUACCAAUGCGCUAUGGGUAAACAAGCCAUUGGUGCAAUCGCUUACAACCAGUUUAACCGUAUCGACACCCUUCUAUAUACCCUUGUCUACCCCCAAAAGCCUAUGGUUAUCUCCAAGACCAUUCAACUCAUUGGUUACGACAAACUCCCUGCGGGUCAGAACGCCACCGUCGUUGUCAUGUCGUUUUCAGGAUACGAUAUCGAAGAUGCUCUGGUUCUGAACAAAGCAUCAGUCGACAGAGGAUUUGGUCGAUGUCAAGUCUUCAGAAAAUACACGACAGAAUUACAAAAGUAUCCCAACGGACGCAGGGAGCGUAUUGGAGACCCCGAGAACGAAGGCGAAGGCAAGGUCAAGCACCGCAUUGCGAAACACGAGGCGCUGGAUGACGACGGUCUGGCAAUCGUUGGAUAUAAGGUCAACAACGGUGAGGCCAUGGUCAAGAAAGAGACACCACUUGACCAAACCAGCACUGGCAUUGGACUGGACCGUGGCCCUGGCGAAUUCCGCGACUCAUCGGUUUCCUACCGAAUCGCUGAUCCGGCAUAUAUCGACAAGGUGAUGAUUUCCCAGACAGAAAAGGACACAACAGUUAUCAAAGUCCAGACUAGACAGACUCGACGCCCCGAACUGGGUGACAAGUUCUCGUCUCGUCACGGUCAGAAGGGUGUUGUUGGUAUCAUCGUGGAUCAAGAGGACUUGCCCUUCUCUGACAGCGGACUGAGCCCUGACAUUAUCAUGAACCCCCACGGUUUCCCCUCGCGAAUGACGGUCGGUAAGCUUCUCGAGUGCUUGACAGGCAAGGCUUCCAUUGUGCACGGCCGCCCUGACUACGGUUUCGGUGAUGCUUUCCGCUCUCACCCACUGGAGGAAAUGAGUCAAGUGCUUGUUGACCAUGGAUUCUCAUGGGAGGGCAAGGACUACUUCACAUCGGGCAUUACUGGAGAACCCCUGGAGGCCUACGUCUUCAACGGACCCAUCUACUACCAACGCCUUAAGCACAUGGUGCAAGACAAGAUGCACUCUCGAUCUCGUGGUCCCCGAGCAAUUCUGACUCGUCAACCCACAGAAGGUCGUUCCAGAGAUGGUGGUCUGCGUCUGGGAGAAAUGGAGCGUGAUUGUCUGAUCGCUUACGGUGCCUCCCAGCUUCUGCUGGAGCGUCUCAUGAUUAGCUCUGACGGCACCGAGAUUGACAUUUGCCAGCAGUGUGGUCUGUUUGGAUACAAGGGUUACUGUCACACAUGCAAGAGUACCAGGGAGGUUACCAAGAUGACGAUGCCGUAUGCAGCAAAGCUGCUGGUGCAGGAACUUAUCAGUAUGAACGUUGGAGUACGACUCCAGAUGGAUGAUGAAUUUCCCCACCCCCGGUAG